AUGGAGAGACAGUUACAUGAGACCGUGGGCGUGGAGGCUGCUUACGUUGAACGAGGCAUCGGAAAACAUGACACGUCUCCGGGAAACGAGAAGGAAAAAUCCCAUAAACAUAGGGGAAUAUUUCACCUCCACCAUCACUCAAAAGAUGAGAAAGAGGAAGACAAGAAGAAAGAUGGAUCAAAGAGAGAGAAGAUAGCUGCAGCAAUGGUUGGUCUCGGAGCCACCCUCGCGAAGAUUAAGCAUAAGAGCAGCGGAGGCGGUGGAAAAGGGGGACAAGGAGGAGGAGCAGAGGAACAAGAAGAAGGCGAAGAAGGAGAAGAGGAAGAGGAGGAAGAAGACGAAGGAGACGAUGGUGGGGACGAAGAAGAGGGAGGCAAGUUUAGUGCUUUCAUUACGAUGAUCGCUGAAGCCUUUGAAGAGUAA